CUUGUUUCACACAAUUGCUUUUGAGUGUUACACACCACGUCAGUCCGCACUUUCCAGACAGGCUAGGUUCAGCUAAACAUUUAAUGGUAUCAUUUCAGCACACGGAAAACUUACAUGGCGUAUAAUUGGGGGUAAAUUAUGGACAAUAAUUUCAAUUAGUAAAAGGAAUUCAUCAUUGGGGUAGACUGGGUUUUACGGAGAUAACAAAGGCAUAAUCCACUAGCUACCGUUCAGCUCUAUUAGCAUGGAAGUUUGCACCGCUAGUGCCGCUCUAAGUUAUAUCGAUUCAUUAACUAUACAUACAUUGUAUCGUUAGUUUUAUACGCGGAAUGUUCAGUGUUCAAUUAUUUUUGCGUUAGUUGGUAGUUUUUCGCCUGCUCUUUUAGCACUACCACGAUGUGAGAUAUUCCCAUAAUGGACAGAGACUUGUUGAGACAGUGUUUGACUUAUCACGGAGAGUCGUUAUUCAACAUGCUUCAAUGUGAACAGACUGAAAACCCAGACUUUCAAGCAGUGGUGACUGACGUUUGCAAGGCUGUACAUGAAAGCAAUGGUGAAGGGCAGAGAAACCCUCUUGUGGAGCAGUUCAUAGCCAGGAAGGCUGACAUUCUUUUCUGUCCAUCGUGGAAGAUAGCAGUUCCUAAAGAUGAGAAGCAUGGAGACGAAGAGGCUGCAGAGCCUUACGCUGUCAUGCCACCACUGGAGUUAUUAAUGGGCGUGUCUUUUGAGGAAAGAAGGGCCAUGCUGUAUCGGGAUUUGGAACGAGGAGACAUUGUGGUUGGGAGAAUCAACAAUAUUCGAGAAUAUGGCUUUUUUCUCACUCUGAUUUGCAUGGCGGGAGGAAUGAAUCGAGACAUAGAAGACCUGGAGUUAUCUGCUCUUUGUCACAUUAGGGAAAUUCCCUCAGGUGGCAGCCAUGACGAUCCUUUGGCCUACUACCAGAUCGGAGAUUUAAUCAGAGCUGGCGUCAAAGACAUUGACCGCUACCAGGAAAAAAUCACUGUAUCACUCCUCCAAGCAUCGCUUUCAUCCAGAUCGGCGUGCAUCCAGCUCGGAGUCAUAACCAGGGAGGAGCUGCCUGUGCACUAUAAUCGUAGUGUCCGUGCAGCCAGUGACUCCAGGGAGACAUACGAGCGUAUACUAAGAGGUUGCCACGGCUACCACAACCCCUCUGUCGUGGACUACUUGCUGGACAACAUUGGCGUUAGUGACAUCCACCCACCGUCAAUGAUGAGAGGACUACAAAGCAAACUGUUUAAAAAAGAAGAUUUUGCAUCUGCUAUUCGGGAAAAACAGUCUGCAUCCUGGGCUUUGAAAUGUGUCAAGGCAGGUGUGGACCACUUUAAGCAUAACCGGCAUGUAGAAGCCAUGAAUGAGUACAACAAAGCCUUGGACAUUGACUCGAAAAAUGUGGAGGCACUGGUAGCUCGAGGAGCUCUGUAUGGUAAUAAAGGCAGCAUCUUGAAGGCCAUAUCAGACUUUGAACUGGCCCUGGAGACCUGUCCAGAUCACCGCAAUGCCAAGAAGUACCUCUGCCAAACACUGGUUGAGAGAGGAAAACAACUGGAGGAACAGGAGAAACUAGUAACAGCAGAAGGGGUAUACAGAAGAGCUCUUUCGCUGGAUGAUGCAAACCCUGAGGCCCAGGAAGCAUUGAACAAGAUCACAGAGACUAUACAGAAUUCCAUUCGCCUCCGGGAAGAAGCGCUCACUAAAGAAGUGGAAGGAAAAGCUAGGAGCAGUCAAACCAGUGCUGAGAAAUUGCGUAAGAUCUUAAAAGAGGAGAAAAGGAUGAAACGAAAACGAAAAAGAUCGGCCUCUUCCUCUUCAUCAUCCUCUUCCUCUAGGAGCACUUCCACAUCAUCGUCCUCGUCGGAUCACAGGAGGUCCAAAAAGAAGAAAAAGAAGAAGAGGAGGUCACAACGGGAAAGCAAGCGCCAUCGCAGGCUCUCUUCAAGAGACAGCAACAGGAGGAGUGAAGAGGGUAAGGGUGUGAAAAAGAGAAAGGAGAAAGAGGAGGAGGAUGAGGAGUUGGAGUGGUAUCCAGAACCGCCCAACACCUCUGCCACCUUUCUGAACCAGAAAGGAGGUCAAGGUUUUGGAGUAAUGGAUGAGGAGGAUGAUAAGGCAAGGCAGAAGGGUAAAGAUGUUCAUACCCCAAGGAUCUGUCUAUAUUCUUUGUCAGCCUCAGAUGAUGAAGAGUCUGAAUGUCCUUCACAUAUCGGAAAGAACAACAGGAAUCAAUCAGAAAGCACCUCCAGGAGGAAGAAAAGUAGCAGCCCAAGUCCAGAAAGAAGUAAGAGUAGAGAUAGUAGUUAUAGGAGCAUAGAGAGAGCAAAUGAGGAUAAAAGAAGGACCAGUGGGACUGAAAGAAGAAGCAGUUUAGAUGAGAGGAAGCGCAAAGUAUCUUGCUCAUCAUCUGAGUCGGUAUACACCAGAAAACCUAUGAAAACAGAGUUUUCCAGGAGGAGCUCCUUGGGAGGUGAAAGGUAUGAAACCCAAGGCUGGGAGCAAGAUGAGAGACAGAAAGAGAAAGGUAGGAGUAAGGAAGCUGGGGGAGACGAGGUCGAUGGAAAGCAAUCAGAUGCAUCUGACAUGCAAGCUGAGCAUGGUGCAGAGAUUUUGGCACCGGCGGGAAGGGCCAAAAAAGACCUUCCCGCAAACCUGCUGGACAUCUUUAACCAAAUUGCAAAGUUUGAGAAGAAUAAAGGUGUUCGACCAAAAAAGUAGUUUACAUGGAUCAUGAUUUCCAUUUUGGAAAUGUAAACCCCUAUUCUGAAAAGUUUAAAAUAAAUCAAUUUUAUGUUUUAAAUGCACGUUAUUAAUAUGUUGCCAAUGCUUUCUUCCAACACUGUGGGAGAGAGGACCAUCAUUGUUUUACAGGUGAACUUCUGUUGUUUUGGGGCUUUUGCUAAAGCUACCACACUUGGAAGAAAAAGUCUUAAUUCCUGGUAGGAACGUGCCUGGAAAAACACCAAAACCUGUAUGUACAGUACCUUUCAGCAUUAAUGAUGCCUUCAAGUUGUGCACAAUACCAAUAAUGCCAUAGGAGCUGACAUUGUCACGUGUGCUAGUGCACAAUAUGCUUAAAUGUAACUGUAAAAAAAAAAAAAAAGAUUGCAUGUGCAGCUCAUAAAGUGGGGUGAGACAUACCCAGUACAUUUUUAUUGGAAUGUCACACUCAGCAUUGUGUAUUGGUUUAGUACAACUGAACUGCUAAUUUUUGUCCAAGUUUUUUUAUUUGUUGUUUUCUGUAACUAAAAUGCAGGAUGUGACUGAAGAAUGUGAAUAAAGUCUUAUCUAAAUGUC